ACUACAAUCUAUCCCUUACCUUGAUCCAUCCUUGGCUGCAGACUGCAGUGGACGCACCCACUGCUGAACAAACCUUUGUCAAAACCCAUUGAAAACAACGCCGCCAACUCAGCUGCUGCCUAUUCCAAGUCGUCCAUGGCGCAAGUACUUCCAACCACAGCCGCCUACAGUUCGCCCUUCACCCGACCCGACCCCACGACCCUGCUCCGAAACCCACAGCCGAGAUGGGUUUCCUUUCGUCGCAACGUCAAGUGCAACGGCUUGUUUUCCAACAAUCGCAAACAGGAACAGGCCAAGAAAGCAGUAGAAAGUGCACUUGAUGGAAAGAAAACCGAAUUUGACAAAUGGGACGAAGAAAUUAAGAAGAGAGCGGAGGCAAGCGGAGGAGGUGAAGGUGGUGGAGGAGGUUGGUUUGGAUGGGGUGGAGGUGGGUUCAAUGGUGACCAUUUUUGGCAGGAAGUGCAGCAUACAAGCUUUGCCAUCCUCGGCGUUAUUUUUAUGUAUCUCUUAUUCACACAAGGUGAGGUGAUGCUUGCUAUUAUUGUGAAUCCCCUGCUGUUUGUUAUGCGAAAACUAAGAAAUGGGCUUGAUAAUGGUAAAUCAUGGAUUUUGCAAAAGGUAGCUUCUACUAAGCGUGCCAAGUUAGAGCACAUGCCAAAGGAGGAAGGCCAUGCACGUUUAUCUGCUAAAGAACGAGUUGUGAGAAAAUGGAGAAGUGAUUAGUGGUUUUCAGGGUUGAAUAUUGCUUCAUUCUUCUUCCUUCUCCUUCGGUAACUCAAUUUAGCCUUGCUGUUGCAUGUCGAUGCAAAUUUUGUAGAACAUAAUCCCCAAUAUAUGGAGUGGUGCUGAUUUAUUGCUGUUA